AUGGAUAAUAAAAAGAAAGACAAGGACAAGCCAGAUGAAAGAAUGGCACGGCCUAGUGGGAGGUCAGGCCAUAAUCCACGUGGAACUGGUUCUUCAAGUUCUGGAGUGUUAAUGGUUGGACCUAACUUCAGAGUUGGCAAAAAAAUUGGAUGUGGCAAUUUUGGAGAACUACGAUUAGGAAAAAAUUUAUACACAAAUGAGUAUGUGGCAAUUAAGCUGGAGCCAAUGAAGUCGAGAGCACCACAGCUACAUUUGGAAUACAGAUUCUACAAGCAGCUAGGAUCUGGAGGUGGAAUACCUCAGGUUUACUAUUUUGGCCCAUGUGGCAAAUAUAAUGCUAUGGUGCUAGAACUACUUGGACCUAGUCUGGAAGAUUUAUUUGACUUGUGUGGUAGGACAUUUUCUCUUAAAACCGUUCUUAUGAUAGCCAUACAGUUGAUCUUACGUAUGGAAUAUGUCCAUUCAAAGAACUUGAUAUACAGAGAUGUAAAACCUGAGAACUUCUUAAUAGGACGACCUGGAAACAAAACCCAGAAAAUCAUUCAUAUUAUAGAUUUUGGUUUGGCAAAGGAGUAUGUUGAUCCAGAAACAAAGAAGCACAUACCAUAUCGAGAUCACAAGAGCCUUACAGGAACAGCUAGAUACAUGAGUAUAAAUACACAUUUAGGCAAAGAGCAAAGUAGAAGAGAUGAUUUGGAAGCUUUAGGUCAUAUGUUUAUGUAUUUUCUCAGAGGAAGCCUUCCAUGGCAAGGUUUAAAGGCUGAUACAUUGAAAGAACGUUACCAGAAAAUUGGAGACACAAAACGAGCAACCCCUGUAGAAGUAUUGUGUGAAAACUUCCCAGAGGAAAUGGCUACAUAUCUACGUUAUGUAAGAAGACUAGAUUUUUUUGAAAAGCCGGACUAUGACUACUUAAGGAAGCUCUUUACAGACUUGCUUGAUCGGAAAGGCUAUAUGUUUGAUGAUGAAUAUGACUGGAUUGGCAAACAGUUGCCUACUCCAUUGGGUUCAAUACAUUCAGACCCUGCACUGCCUUCAAACAGAGAAGCAUAUCAACACAAAGACAAAAUGCAACAGUCCAAAAAUCAGUCAACAGACCAUAGGGCAACUUGGGACUCACAGCAAGCCAAUCCACAGCAUUUGAGGGCUCACCUAGCAGCUGACAGACAUGGUGGCUUGGUACAGGUAGUAAGCUCAACAAAUGGAGAACUGAACACAGAUGACCCAACUGCAGGCCAUUCAAAUGCACCCAUCACAGCUCCUGCAGAAGUAGAAGUAAUGGAUGAAACAAACUGCCAGAAAGUGUUAAACAUGUGUUAUGUAACUUUCAGAGCAGCUCUGGUCUGCCUCUGCCCACUGCUACUUUUUCAGUGA